AUGACAGUAACGCAGCACUACCCGCAACAGCCCCGUCCGCAACAGCACUACUACCCGCAACAGCCCAGUCCGCAACAGCACCAUCCGCAACAGCAGCACUACCCGCAACAGCAGCCCAAACCGCAACAGCACUACUACCCGCAACAGCCCAGUCCGCAACAGCACCAUCCGCAACAGCAGCACUACCCGCAACAGCAGCCCAAACCGCAACAGCACUACCCGCAACAGCACCAUCCGCAACAGCAGCACUACCCGCAACAGCAGCCCAAACCGCAACAGCACCAUCCGCAACAGCACCAUCCGCAACAGCAGCACUACCCGCAACAGCAGCCCAAACCGCAACAGCACUACCCGCAACAGCACCAUCCGCAACAGCAGCACUACCCGCAACAGCACUACCCGCAACAGCACUACCCGCAACAGCCCAGUCCGCAACAGCACCAUCCGCAACAGCAGCACUACCCGCAACAGCACUACCCGCAACAGCCCAGUCCGCAACAGCACCAUCCGCAACAGCAGCCCAAACCGCAACAGCACUACUACCUGCAACAGCAACACUACCCGCAAAAGCACCGACCGCAUCAGCAGCACUACCCGCAACCGCACUAUUACCAGAAAUAA